AUGUCUGCUGCUCCGGUCCAAGACAAAGACACUUUGUCUAAUGCUGAACGCGCGAAGAAUGUAAACGGUUUGCUUCAGGUGCUCAUGGAUAUUAACACUCUGAACGGAGGUAGCUCCGACACCGCUGAUAAGAUAAGGAUUCAUGCCAAAAACUUCGAGGCUGCCUUGUUCGCCAAGAGUUCUUCAAAGAAAGAAUACAUGGACAGCAUGAACGAAAAGGUCGCUGUCAUGCGCAACACGUACAAUUCCAGGAAAAACGCUGUUGCUGCUGCGGUUGUUAAUAACAACCUCAGCACCGUGGAACACAUGAACAAACUAAAGAAUUCCGGCGGCAACGCCAACAACAUGAACGUCAACAUGAACCUAAACCCUCAGAUGUUCUUGAAUCAGCAGGCUCAGGCAAGACAACAAGUUGCACAACAGUUAAGAAAUCAACAGCAGCAGCAGCAGCAACAACAGCAACAGCAGCAGCAGCAGCAACAACAACAACAACAACAACAACAACAACAACAACAACAACAGCAACAGCAACAACAGAGACGCCAGUUAACUCCGCAACAACAACAGCUAGUGAACCAGAUGAAAGUGGCCCCUAUUCCAAAGCAACUGCUGCAAAGAAUUCCUAAUAUUCCACCAAAUAUCAACACUUGGCAGCAAGUCACUGCUCUAGCCCAGCAAAAGCUACUAACGCCUCAGGAUAUGGAGGCUGCGAAGGAAGUCUACAAAAUUCACCAGCAAUUAUUGUUCAAGGCAAGACUACAACAACAACAACAACAACAACAACAACAACAAGCGCAGGCUCAAGCUAAUAACAGCAACGGCAGCGGCCUCCCUCAAACCGGUAAUAUUAACAGCAAUAUGAAUAUUCCUCAACAACAGCAACAGCAGCAGCAGCAGCAACAAAUGCUACCUUCUAACAACAACGCGAAUGCAAAUCCCCUACAACAGCAACAACAGCAACAACAGCAACAACCACAGAAUACCGUACCAAACGUUCUCAAUCAAAUCAACCAGAUUUUUUCUCCAGAAGAGCAGCGUAGCUUACUGCAGGAGGCCAUCGAAACUUGCAAGAACUUCGAAAAGACUCAAUUAGGCAAUACCAUGACGGAACCAGUAAAGCAAAGUUUUAUCAGGAAAUAUAUUAACCAAAAGGCCUUGAGAAAAAUCCAGGCUCUAAGAGAUGUCAAGAACAACAAUAAUGCCAACAAUAACGGCUCCAAUUUGCAAAGAGCUCAAAACAUCCCCAUGAACAUCGUCCAACAGCAGCAACAACAACAGAAUACCAAUAAUAAUGACGUUAUACCUUCUGCUGCUACGCCUAAUACUGCCGCUUUCUCUCAACAGCAAAAUGCAAGCUCUAAAUUAUAUCAAAUGCAACAACAGCAACAACAGCAACAAGCACAGGCUCAGGCGCAAGCACAAGCACAAGCACAAGCACAGGCUCAGGCUCAGGCACAAGCACAAGCACAGGCUCAGGCACAAGCACAAGCACAGGCUCAGGCACAAGCACAAGCUCAGGCUCAGGCACAAGCACAAGCUCAGCAUCAAACUUCUCAACAACCACAGCAGGCCCAGGCCCAAUCUCAUCCCAAUCCAUUGCAUGGAUUGACACCAACUGCAAAGGAUGUUGAGGUCAUUAAACAAUUGUCGUUGGAUGCUUCCAAGACCAAUCUAAGGCUUACAGAUGUAACAAACUCUUUAUCUAACGAAGAAAAGGAGAAAAUAAAAAUGAAACUAAAGCAAGGUCAAAAACUAUUCGUUCAAGUAAGUAAUUUUGCCCCACAAGUUUACAUCAUCACUAAGAAUGAAAAUUUCUUGAAAGAGGUUUUUCAAUUGAGAAUAUUCGUGAAAGAAAUCUUGGAAAAAUGUGCUGAUGGUAUAUUUGUCGUUAAAUUAGACACAGUUGACAGACUAAUCAUUAAGUAUCAAAAGUAUUGGGAAAGUAUGAGAAUUCAAAUUUUAAGGAGACAAGCGAUCUUAAAACAACAACAGCAAAUGGCCAACAACAACAACAAUACAGGUACUGCUUCUUCCACUGGUAAUAAUAAUAAUAUUGCUACUCAGCAAAAUAUGCAACAAUCCCUACAGCAAAUGCAACAGUUACAGCAAUUGAAAAUGCAACAGCAGCAGCAGCAGCAGCAACAACAACAACAACAACAACAGCAGCAACAGCAACAGCAGCAACAACAACAACAGCAGCAGCAGCAGCACAUAUAUCCUUCCUCAACUAGUGGUCCAACAAAUUAUCCAACGAUGACUAAUGCCCCUAACAAUAACAACAGCAAUAUUCCUUACAUGAACCAUAAGAAUGCCUCCAGCAUGGAGUUUUUGAACCCUAUGGACAAUACACCUAAGAUUCCCGGAUCUUCCACGGCGACUCCAACACUUAACAAGGCAAUUAAUAAUAAGGUAAAUAACAGAUCGAAAUCUAAUACGAUACCUGUUGCCAGCAUUCCAUCAACAAAUAAGAAACUCUCAAUAUCAAAUGCUGCUAGCCAACAACCAACUCCUAGAUCUGCGUCGAAUACCGCUAAAUCAACCCCAAAUACAAAUCCUUCUCCUUUGAAAAGUCAAACCAAAAAUGGCACACCAAACUUCAACAAUGUGAAGACUCAAUCUCCAAUGGGUGCACAACCAUCAUAUAAUAGUAGCGUCAUCGAAAAUGCUUUCAAGAAGGAAGAGCUUUUAUUGAAGGAUUUGGAAAUGAGGAAGUCUGAAAUAUCUUCUCGUUUCAAACAUCGUCAAGAAAUCUUCAAAGAUUCCCCCGUAGAUUUAUUCAUGAGUACAGUAGGUGAUUGUUUAGGUAUUAAAGAUGAAGAGAUGCUCACUUCUUGCACCAUUCCCAAGACUGUGGUUGAUCACAUUAAUGGUUCUGGUAAAAGGAAACCUACAAAAGCAGCUCAAAGAGCCCGCGAUCAAGACUCUGUUGACGUUUCCAUAAAGGAUAACAAGUUGAUCAUGAAGAGUAAAUUCAAUAAGAUGAAUAGGUCGUAUUCGAUAGCGUUGUCUAACGUUGCUGUGAUUUUCAAAGGUAUUGGCGGCAACUUUAAGGAUUUAUCCACCUUGGUCCAUUCAUCAUCGCCGUCUACUUCCUCUAAUGCCGAUACCGGUAAUGCUAAAAAGAGGAAGGCUAGUGUAUUAGAAAUAAGUCCGCAAGAUUCAAUAGCAUCGGUGUUAUCGCCAGAUUCAAGUAUAAUGAGUGACUCCAAAAAAAUCAAGAUUGAUUCUCCUGAUGACCCAUUCAUGGCAAAAUCAGGUGCCACAAAUAAUGAAAAGCAGGAAGUUAAAAAGGUUGAGGCCCCAUUUAUGACUUCCACCGAUGAACAAUUCAACGUAUGGGAUUGGAAUAAUUGGACGAGUGCUACCUGA